AUGGCAUUUUUCUUCACGUCUAAAACAUUUGAUUUUGAUUUUGAUUCCCAGUUUGACCUUUUCAAUUCCGUCUUUCACCAUCCUGUGUCAUCGUAUCGUUCCUUUCUUUCAUUACUACAAGUGAAAACCAUUCGCAAGUCGACUUCUUCGUGUGACUUUCGGUGGCAAAAGUUGAAUGAAAUAGGCAACAACCGUCGGAUGCUCAGACCGUGA